GGCGCUGGCCAAUGAGCGGGCGCGUUGCUGGCAGGUGCGGAGUGUUUUUGUUUUGGGUUGAAGUUGGGGCCGGAGCGGGCGGAGGCCGCGGAGCCGCCGGGACCCCCCCCGCCAUGCGGAGGGACAUGAACGGCGUCACCAAGAGCCGCUUUGAGAUGUUCUCAAACAACGACGAAGCUGUGAUCAACAAGAAGCUUCCCAAAGAGCUGCUGCUUCGAAUUUUCUCCUUCCUGGAUGUGGUCACUCUGUGUCGUUGUGCUCAAGUUUCCAGGGCAUGGAAUGUUCUGGCCCUGGAUGGCAGCAACUGGCAGCGAAUUGACCUGUUUGAUUUCCAGAGGGAUAUUGAGGGCCGAGUGGUUGAGAACAUCUCUAAGAGAUGCGGGGGUUUCCUGCGGAAGCUCAGCCUGCGCGGCUGCCUGGGAGUGGGAGACAACGCAUUGAGAACAUUUGCACAGAACUGCAGAAACAUCGAAGUACUGAACCUAAACGGCUGCACCAAGAUCACCGAUGCGACGUGUACCAGCCUCAGCAAGUUCUGCUCUAAACUCAGGCACCUUGACUUGGCUUCCUGCACUUCCAUAACCAACCUGUCCCUGAAAGCACUCAGUGAGGGAUGCCCACUGCUGGAACAGCUGAAUAUCUCCUGGUGUGACCAAGUGACCAAGGAUGGCAUCCAGGCUCUGGUGAGAGGCUGCGGAGGACUCAAAGCCCUGUUCCUGAAAGGCUGCACACAGCUCGAGGACGAAGCUCUGAAAUACAUUGGUGCACAUUGUCCUGAACUGGUGACUUUAAACCUUCAAACGUGCUUACAAAUAACAGAUGAUGGUCUCAUUACAAUAUGCAGAGGAUGCCACAAGUUGCAAUCCUUGUGUGCUUCAGGCUGCUCUAACAUUACAGAUGCCAUCCUGAACGCCCUGGGACAGAACUGCCCAAGGCUUAGAAUAUUAGAAGUUGCAAGGUGUUCUCAACUAACAGAUGUGGGCUUUACCACUCUAGCUAGGAACUGCCAUGAGCUUGAAAAGAUGGACCUGGAAGAGUGUGUCCAGAUAACAGACAGUACACUAAUCCAGCUUUCCAUACACUGUCCACGGCUUCAGGUUCUGAGCUUGUCCCACUGUGAGCUGAUCACGGACGAUGGGAUCCGUCACUUGGGCAACGGCGCCUGCGCACACGACCGCUUGGAAGUGAUCGAGCUGGACAACUGCCCCUUGAUCACGGACGCCUCCCUGGAGCACCUGAAGAGCUGCCACAGCUUGGAGAGGAUAGAACUGUACGACUGUCAGCAGAUCACACGGGCAGGGAUCAAGAGACUCAGGACCCAUUUACCCAACAUUAAAGUCCAUGCCUACUUCGCUCCUGUGACUCCACCUCCCUCGGUGGGAGGCAGCAGACAACGCUUCUGCAGAUGCUGCAUCAUCCUAUGACACUGGACGUGCUCCUCCAGCAAACUGAGUAUUUAAAUACCCUUGUAGAAUCACGGGGGACACCAGGAUCUCCAAGGAAAGUGAUACCAGUGUCAUUUGCAAGGGACAGUGAGCAGGGCUGUGGCGCCAGGCCCCUGUAGCCACCCAUACACAUACAUAUACACCCCCCCGUGCUCCAGCGAGCCGGUGAACUCUGCGGUGUGGGAGCUGGAGCUCUCUUGGCUUUUUCUCUAGGUGGAUUGGUAUAAUUCCGAACCAUUCCUGCUGGGCAUGCUCAGAUGGAAUCACUGCGGUAAGGAGGGGAGGCUUGCUGUGAACCCACAACGCCUGUCGCUGCUGUGGAGGUUGGAAGAGUAACUGAAAUCCGUGGACAUGGGGAGAGGGGGAGAGGAAAGGAACAUGCUUUAAACCCUGCGUCUUGUUGUCCAGAGGGGAAACAAAGAAAACAAACCUGAAACCCCCAAGUUCUUGUGUCCAUUUUUCAGUGAGGGAAUGAACCAGCAGCUGGUGUGAGACAGGAUUGACUCGUGCUUCCCUGCGGAGCACCCUGAGCAUGCUCACGGCGAAGGUUCCUCUCUUUCUUCUGUGUUCUGUAGCGUCCAGCUCAGAGGCUUCCUUAGAUCAUUGUGAUAUAGCUUGAAAUCUGUCACGUCAGGCUCGGGAAGGGGGGUUUUACCCUCCCUACAUCCUGCUUGGGUUUUAUUUUCCAUGUUUCUAAGUCAGUCAGUUUUGGAGAUUUACCAAACAGAAAGUUUCAAUUCGGAGGAGUCCUUUCUACCAUUAGGAGCCUGAGCCUGUGGUGACCUGUGAGGAGGAUGUUUAGGUGAGCAGUGAGCUGCUCCGCAGGCUCCUGCGGGCUCCUCAGCCUGUUCUGAUCGGUGCUGGGGUGUCCAAAUCUGUUCUGCAUUUCAGGUCUUCUCCCAGUGACAAGAAUCUAACUCUUGAUAGAGGGGAACAAGUUAUAAUCUCUGUUGCGGUGACUGUAAUCCCCACCUUCCUCCUGCUUUCCCUCCAGCCCUUCACCCCCAAGGAAAAGCAAAGUAGCAUCUUUCUGCUUGUUGCCCUGCUCCAGAAACACCAACUGUGGGAGGAACAGCCCGAAAAGACACCUCGAGUUGUGUCACCCUCUUUGUGAGCGCUUGGGGGGGGGGGGUUUGCUGCUUGUGCCUCUUCCACAGGUAAGUGUGGUGGAUGGAACGAGGGUUCGCUCCGUGCCAGCCCUUCCCAGCUCCCAAGGGAUGCGUUUGCAGCAGGAUGAGCCCAGAUGCUCCCAGUGUGAAACGUGAAGAGCCAGGCAGGGGUUUAAUGGGUUUGAUGGGGCAGAGCUCAAACUCUAACAGGUUUGGGGGAGUUGUUGUGCUCCUCCUGCCGUGCCCACCCAGGCUGGAAGGGACACGUGUUUAUGGAUGUCUCUGACCGGGGGCUCUUCCACCAUCCUGCCCCCAGAAGUGGUGCUUCACCUUCAUCCCAUGGGGUGCUGCACGAGGAACGGCUGCUUCGAGGCUCCGUGUUUCACUGGGGGGGUUGCUUUGUGUCGCUUCCCACCCUCUUCCCACCACUGCAAGCGAUUCAGGCAGGCAGAAGGGUCACUUAUCCCCACCGAAGCAUCUCCAGCUUCCCCUUUCCCUCACGCCAUCAGCGCCCGCUUCCCGGCGGGAGCUCCGUUGGGAUGCUGGCCCUCCUUCCCCUGCUGAUGGCUUUUAAUCCCUUCUAUUUAUUCAGCUCCUUCGAGCCCUGCGGGUUCCCUCCCUCCGCCAGGAGCAUGUUCCUCAUCCUCCCUUUGCACAACUCCCUUCUCCCGUGUUUCCAGGGGGGCCGAAGCCGAGCAGCGCUUCCCAUGGGAGCGGGGCAGCAGCAGUCACUGCACAGCUCGUGUGGGGCAGGGCAGAGCCCACAGGGAUUUCCACGCCCGACCUGAUGGGUUUUCCUGGUGGCAGAGCCCAGGUUUCAAGGGGGUGAUUCCCAAAACUCCAAAGCAUUUUUCGUUGUCGUUUUCCGAACAGGGUGACAGCAUUAAGGUAGCUCCAAACCUACUUGACAGUGUCCUUUUAAGUCACUUAAUCCGUCUCCAAAUGGACUCUUCCUUUAUGUUUGUAUUUAUAAAUACCAAUAAACACCAUUUUCCAAGCUC